ACUCGACGUUCUAUAACAUAGUCUAUCUGAAGAAACUAGUUGAGAGACUCUGCUCGAUCAAAAGAAAAUCUUUGCGACGUCAUCGUUGUUGUUCUGUCUCUUUAGGGUUACACGAGUUCAGUUCUGCUUCCAGUAAAUUAAUUAUGAGUCAUCAUCCAGAAGUGAAGUGGGCUGAGAGAGCCGAUAUAGUUUAUUUAACCGUGCAAUUGGCUGAUGCUAAGGAUGCAGAUGUUAAACUUGAUCCAGAGGGAAUCUUUAGUUUCUCUGCCAAAGCUGGACCUGAUAACCAGCUUUAUGAGCUUAAGCUUGAACUUAAUGACAAGGUUAAUGUAGAGGAAAGCAAAAUAAACAUUGGAUUAAGAAGCAUAGUCUGCAUCUUGGAGAAAGCAGAACCAAAAUGGUGGAAUAAGCUAUUGCGUGGAGGCAAACCUCCUCACUAUGUUAAAGUUGAUUGGGACAAGUGGGUCGAUGAGGACGAAGAUACACCCACUGGUCCUGGAGAUAUGGAUAUGGGUGGAAUGGGUGGGAUGGGCGGAAUGGAUUUCUCGAACUUUGGUGGAAUGGGCGGUAUGGGUGGAAUGGGAGGUAUGGGCGGUAUGGGAGGUAUGGGCGGUAUGGAAGGUCUCGAAGGGCUUCAAGGGCUUGGUGGAAUGGGCGGCCUUGGCGGAAUGGGUGGUAUGGAUGAAUUUGAUGAUAGUGAUGAUGAAGGAGAAGAAGCCAAGUCUGGAGAGAAAAAGGAGGAAACACAAGCUCCUGCUCCUGCGACAGAAGAGGCGAAAACCGAAGAGCCAACACCUGUGAAGAGUGACAAAUGAAGACAUUGUCCAUAAACCGUAUGGUAUGACUAACCGAUAAAGUCUUUAUGCGUUAAUGAAUACUGCUGAAUGGUUUGCUCUUUUAAAUCUUUCCCUCUGCUUAUUUAAUUGUUGAGUUCACGAUCGGUUCUUAUGUCUUUUCUAUUUUUAUCAAUUUGAAAUGUUGUUCUUGAACCUGCAAUAUUUUUGGUUGGUUGUAGACUUGUAGUGGGCUUAGAGUUUGUGAGAAGAAGCUCUUUAAGUUUGUUGAUCUCCAUAAAA